AUGGACGCCUCCUCCCUCCGCAUCUCCAAGUUCGAUGGAACUAACUUCCACGCCUGGAAGUUCAAGAUGCAGAUGGUGCUGGAGGAACGGGACCUAUGGGAGGUCGUCAGCGGUGAGAUCAAGGCGGAACAGUGCGAGACUCAGUUGGACCAAGCGACGUACAAGAGGAAGUCAAGAAAGGCGAUGGCAGUGAUCUGUCUAGCCAUGGAAGAUUCCCAGCUACCGUUGGUCCGGUCGGCAAGUGGUGCAUGCGACGCAUGGUCAAGGUUGGAAGACCACUUCGAGAAGAAGAGUCUUGCCAACAAGCUGUUCUUGCGCCGUCGCUUCUUCACGACAAUGAUGGAAGAAGGCGACGAUGUGCUCGAACACAUCAACAAGCUCAAGACGCUGGCGGAACAGCUAGAAGCGGUGGGGGGGCUCCAGUCUGCGAGGACGAUCUGGUGA